AAUGUUUAAUUUCAUUUUUGAAAUUAAUUUACAUUUUUUUUUAUAAACAAUAAAAAGAAAUUAAUUAAAAUAGAUAAAAUACUUGAAAAACUUUAAAUUUCUAAUCCACCUGCUGAGCAAGCCACAAUCACCAAUAAGAUAUCACGACGAGACAGGACAGGAUAGAAAUCCAAGCAUCUGAUUGGUUCGUGUAAGGUGCGCACGAGUAGCCGAGUAUACGCCCAUGACGUCACGUCAGUCCGUCCAAUGCAAGCGCUUGGAACUCAGUAAUAACCCUAUGUGCGUGCUGUACGCCGAAGCGUGCUAUUCGUAUUCGGGUGUACAAACGUGAAAGAAGUGAUACGAUAUCGGUCUGUGAAAGAUGUUACCCGACAGAGACAUGCCAGUCAAAACUUUCGUUCGAUAGAUUGUUUUUUAUAUAUUGAAGAACACGUACGAGCAAAUGUAUUCGAAGAAUUGUCGUGUUAAGAAAAAGAUAGACUGUACGCAAUUCACCGUACCUGACAGUCCACGCGGCCCGGCCCCAAAACACUUUCGCCUCGCUAUAUACACGAGAAAUCGCAUCGUGUUUCAUUCACAACGCGAGCGCCACUGGCAAUGUCGGGAAGUGACAGCCCAACAUUCUUUCACGGCCAGCCCUGGUCCAGCUGGAUCGAAAGAAUCGGACGAGACAAGCCGUUGAGUAAGUGCGCUGAAUCUCAUCGAAAUGUUCGUUCGUUUGCUGUCGCUGCUUUAAAACUGCGACAACGACAAGCGUCUAGCUCGUGUACCUAACCUCAACUUCGAUGCUCCUUUGUCCGUCGACUUGACGCAGGGCAUCAUUAGGGCCCAUCACAUGCAUUUAUUUAAAACGGUUGUCAACAAUUGUCCAGUGCGCUUCAUAGUUGAUAUUUUCUCGCAAUAUCACGCGUAUUUUAACGGCCCUUUCCACUGACAAUUAUGUAAUUUGUAGCGAAACUGACUGUGAAAUACGGAGCGUCGAAACUUUAGCUUUAGAGCAUAUAGUAUAUUGGCAUGGAUCACAAAAAUUUCGCGAAACGAUCUUAAUCGAAUCGCGCUAUUCGGUAGAUCUUAUUCGAACGAUAUAUUGUACACUUGUAUUUUUAUAUUUAUGCUCUCUCUCUUAUAAGAUUUUUUGUUGAAAGAAUUAUGCAUGUAUGAAAUGUAUACAUAAUAAAAGUUGUUUACCCAGAAGUUUGUGUUUUUUAUUUCACAUUUCUGCUUAGAAACUGAUGGAAAUGAAUGAAAAAAGAUCUUUUAAGGACAAGAUUCAAUAGACAUGAAGCUAACAAUAUUUUUUGAUUUGUUGUAAUCUUUCUUAACAUGGCGAUGAAGAACCAGAUACUCAACUCUCUAGCUCAGUUACACGGCUCUCAGCAGAAGAUAUUGAUUUAUAUGGAUUUUGUCCUGAAAGAGAUACUUUUUACACGGUAGUGUGUGAAACCUGCCAUGCAAUAGUCAAACCACAAGCUCUUAUUCAACAUAUGGAAAAUCGCCAUCCUUCCGGCACGGUCAAUUUUCCACCUCCUUCUACCCCAAUUGUAAAAACUCCUUUGAAGACACCUUAUUGCAAAGUGUCGAAAUUGAAAAAGACGCAGUCAUCGCCCCAGAUCUCGAGUGGCGGGAGCAAUAAGGUCAAUCACGCGAAUGUGAAACGGAACACGGAACAACCCACCAUCUCAACGAGCUUGUCGUCUACGUCAAUAUCGGUCCCCUCGUCGCCUCGAUCACCCCUUGAGUCGUUACCAUCGUCUGUUCAGACGUCGAACUCCGGCUCAGGAUCGGUGAUCGCUUCGAGCCCAGUGAAAAGUCCGGGCACGGCGACGGGUCAACCUCGUCGGAAGAGACUCAAAACUGAUCGAUCGUUGCUCAAGGAUCGGGAAUACGAUCCGGACAGGCAUUGCGGAGUGUGGAACGAGGAAACCGGCAAACCUUGCACCAGGUCGCUCACGUGCAAAGCGCACACGGUCUCGUUGCGCCGGACGGUCGUCGGCCGGAGUAAAACUUUUGAUAAACUCCUCGCGGAGCAUCGCGCCUCAAAAGAUGUCCCGAACAGGCCGACAAAAGUAACGGUGACCGGUACGGUGACCGUAUCCUCCGCGACUUCGAGCUUGAACCCCUUAACACCUACUACUCCCACCUUGACCAUCGAAACGGAAGCACCCAGUUCGCCACCCGUUCUAUCGCUGCCAGACACGUAUCCACUGCCAAAGGCUGUUGAUUUGCUUUAUCGGUGUCUGGCCCCGCAUGGCUCCACUAAACCUACCAAGCUCGAAGAGGACUUCGCCAACGAGGAGCUGAGGAGCCUGGAGUCGACGCUAGUGAAUUCGACCGGUUCGUCGCAAUCGAGCUCGAUGAUGGCCCCGAUAUCCGUGGUGUUGCCAUCUCUGUCACCGUUGCCGGCUAAUAACGAGGAAUCGUCGUCGGUCGCCACCCUGAUACCGAGCACAGCAUCCCCAGCUAUACCUGUGCCAGCAACACUGCCAGCCACGUGUACGCAACCGUCGUUGGUCACGACGGUCCUCGAGGCUGAGACACCGAUGGACAUCGACCAGGAAGCGGCGAUGACCAUCUACUCCCCCGUUUACAAGGACAAAUCCAAGUUACUGGUCGAGUUACCACGUUCCAACAAUAUCGCCCAUUCUCCUAUACCGUCUAUGCCCAGUUUGCUGUUCGAGCCGAUGGAUCAGCUCGACCAGUUGGAGCAAUUGGAGCAGCAACACGCGACACAGAUCAACGGGAAGAGACUGAAUCACGCGACUCGCGCGAGCCCCGUCACGCAACGGCAGUCGAAGAGGAUCAAACACGAGUACCACCAUCAACAGGACUUGCCCACCGCGAUACAGGUCGAGGCCACGACCACCUCCUCCCCCUAUCCUCAUUUCGGGGACAUAUCUUGGUCGAACUGUCACCCGGAGCCAUUGGCCGUUAGCCGAUGGCUUCGUAUCUCGUCCACCCGUAAGCAGUAUAACUUUAAUAUUCACUGACAUAAGACCCCACCCACUCCAGGCUGAGGACCGUACGCCACGGGCGUUUGUCUACCUCCUAUUUUUUUCGACAUCCUUUUUUUCAUGGUCGUCCUCGUCGCCGUCGUUGAUGGUCCAAAGGUCUGAAGCCUGUCGAGAAUGGGACAAAGUCUUCAUGUUCGGUGAACGCCUCGAUGUGAUGAGCAUGCGCACGGUGGGAACGGACAUGUGUACGCGAUCAUACAAUUUCGCAAUACGUGGAUGAAACAAGAUUGGAAAAACGAUGUUUUGCAUGCUUAUUCCGUCUACCGAAUGAACGAGUAAUCUCGAGCAGGAAUAGCGAUACAACCAAUGAUCCUUUCUUUUUGUACCGCGUGUCGUCUAUAUAUUCUGCCAGCCGAUGAUCGUUUUUCUUAGAAAGAAUCCACCAUCGUCGUCAGGCAUGUUAAUCGCGUUAUUGGAUCGCUCACUUUAGAGGAUACACGCGUAAAAAAAAAAGUCGGGUUUCGCAGAAACAGAGACAGAAGCACGUUCCAGAUUUCUUUUUUUUUUUUCUUUUUUUCAAUUUCUUAUCAGUAUCUCUCGAUACUUACUUGUUUACAAAAAUAGAUCGACGCGAGAAAUAUCGAUACGAUAUAAAAAAUACGCGAACGCGAUUCAUCAAAUUCACGAUUAUCGUUACGUUGCAAAACAUUCCCGGAAUACAUAUUAUUAUCGUUUAUUCCCUCCUUGAACUGUUCGCUACAAGAGGCUACGAUGGGCAAAAUAAAAUGGCAUUUUUUUUUUUUUUUCAAUCUCGUAACGAUGCUUCUGUUCCGAUUUUAUUAUAUUUUUCACAUGGAAAAGCGAAUCGGGAUCAUCGAGUUGUGGAUCAACAAUACCGAUGCUAGACCCCUUUUUCAAGCAUUGAUAAUUAUAUAUUGGCAGUAGGUAGGAUGUUAGGACAUCGACUGAUAUAUACAUACUAUUUCUUUUUCCGCGAAAUCAAUUUUUUUUACCGAAAAAUCGUUGCAAAAAUCUCUCUCAGGUCCAUCAGGAGAUCGGAAGGGGAGGUUCGAAUUGUUGCAUUUCGUCGUAACUCGCGACUCGCUGUGAAGGAAAAAUAAAUGGAAAGCAAGGGGAGGGGGGGAAUAGAGAAAAAAAAGAAAGAAAGACAUCAAAGUGAAAACGAGAAUUUUUAUAAAAAAAAGGAAAAAAGAAAAGGAAAAACGAAUGAGUCAAAAUUCAUGCUUAUCCGUUUUUCGAGCGAAAAGAGACGAUGAUAACAAGUGGGAUGAAACGACGACAUCGAAAUUUUAGUCAACUCGUGUGUAUGCGUAUUUGUGCAAAGGAUAAAGGAUCACGUGACCAGCCAACAAAAAAAGAAAGAAAAGACUAUUAUUUUUUUUUUCUUUUUUUUUUUUUUUUUCCUUUUCGUUACACACAAAAAACGUUUAAAAAGAAACGUUUUAGUAAAGAAUAGCUAAAUAAGAGUAGCUAAAACGAGUAAAUAAAAGUGUUCGUUGGUUUCUUUCUUUUCGAAGACACACCGCUGAGUGACACGCAUUUUUUUUCUGCGAAAAACACGUGAAAAACACCAGCCAGGAAUUUUUUUGUAAAUACCAAUCAACUCAGAGAGAAUAAUCAGAUUUACGACAAAUUGUCCUCCUGUAAAUACGUUUAAUAAGAUAUGUAAAUGAUAUGUAGUUAGCUAUGAGUGGCCGAUCAUCGAAUCGUCGUGCGCGUAGAAACUUCAACUUAUUUUCCAAUUAAAUUCGGUCCGCGUACAGAGGGUCUCAUCAUGUACAUACAUAGAUCAUAGUAUACAUAUAUACAUAUAUAUAUUUUUUUUAUCACGAUCUCUUUUUACGUAUAUACAUAUACACGUACACACCUACAACCUCAUCACGUACCGUUGUUUCUUCUCCGUUUUCUUCUUUUCCUGUUCUGUUUCUUCUUCUUCUUCUUCUUCUUCUUCUUCUAAUUUUCCUUCGCUUUCGCAUUUUUCUCGUUUACGUACAACCGUGUACGUAUAAUAGAACGCGUUAAACAAUGAAACUCGUUUAAUGCCACUAUUUCUCGUAUUUUAUUUAUGGAAAAAUUAUUGAAAAUUCUAAUUGGUAUGUUCUAUUAUUGGUGAAGAGGUAUCGUUUUGUUCGAAGCAUAUGACAGCAGCGUAUUUACACCGAGAAUUUCGUUUACGUAAAAUUAGCUUCUUCUUCUUCUUCUUCUUCUUCUACUUCUUCUUCUUCUAGUGUAAGUUGGUGAAAAAUUUAGGAGGAAAUUCGAAUUGAAUUUUUUGACAGACGAGUAUAGCAAGCCGUACACAUUGUCCCGAGUAUAUAUAUAUAUAUAGUAGGUAACGUUCACACCACCAUCACACAUUAACACAUCCGAGACAAUUUAUUUUUGUAAAACUGUGUCGGUUCUAAUUUGUGACGCUGUGUCGGUUUUUCCAGCAUGGCGUGACUAGUGACAUAUAUCUAUGCAUAUAUAUAUAUAUAUAUAUAUAUAUAUAUAUAUAUAUAUACAUAUAUAUAUAUAUAUACAUACAUAUAUUUAUGAACUUCUUAUCAUAGAUUGUGAUAUUUAACUGAUUAGUCAAGAUUAUUCUAAAUCGUGCGUACGCGUUAAUGAAAGAGAGAAGUGAGAUAGGCGGCCAAAUGGUAGGGGAUGAAACAAAUGAUAGGAACGAAUGAUAUUGUUCGAUAUCUUCGAGAAAGGGGGAAAAAAAAAAAAAAAAGAGGGAAGAAGGAAUGUUAUAAAUUUGCGCUUAGUCCGAUUACAAUUGUUUGCCGCUUAGGAAAAUUAAAUUCCGCUCCGCGCAUUGUGUUUUAUUAAGCUGUUGAAAGAGGUACUGUUUCGUUUCGAGUUUCCGCUUUUCCGUGUGUAUGGCUGUAUCGUUUAAAUUGUAACGUGUUUCGUUUUAUCGAUGAACGUAGCAAGAAAGAUGGAGAGGAAAAGAAAAAAAAAAAGAAAGGAUGAAAGAGAGAGAAGAGAGGGGAUGUUAUAAUAAUAAUAAUAAUAAUAAUAAUAAUAAUAAUAAUAAUAAUAAUAAUAGUUAUCAGUAGAUAGAGAAAAAUAGAAAAAUGAGUAUGGAGAGAGAAAUUAGUCUAAGGGAUAGAGGAGAAAAGACGUGGAUGCACGUCGAAUGUCGAGCCGACGAAGGGACGUUGAUUUUUUUUCGUUACCGCGCAGUAUAAAUUAAUAAUAUUGCCAGCGAUGUUAUUAUUAUUAUUACCGCUAUUAUUCGAAGAUGAGAACAGUCAUAUCGGCCCGGUAUUGUUCCCUUCGAUAUAAAUCGAACUUGGACGAUGAUCGAUCGAUGAGCGCUCGCACGUUCGCAAGCUACACCGCGAUUUCUUCACCGAUCGACCGAUAUAAACGACUUGCAUCGCCUUACGAUUAUAGCCAUAAAAAAAAAUUUCGCCUUAAAGGAGAAUUCGUUAGCGACCAUAGUAGCGAGUAGCAGCGAGUGUUGCUUGCAAAGUAAAAAUAAUUCUCAAGCGAGAUCAUCAUCGAUUGAACAUCGGGUAUGUUUUAUUGAAAGAUAAAAUUGAAGAGACGAAUAGAAAAUUGAAAAAAAAAAAAAAAGUAUAUCGAUAGCAAUAAAUUAUCGUUCGAAUACGCGCGAAUGGAAAAAAUAUGAGAUUCGUUUGACGGACCGAUAUGGCCGGAUUUCGUUUUCGUUUAAUUACUGAUCUUCUCGGCUACCUGAAACCGUGAUAAUUUGUACAUAAAUCGCGUAAGCAAUUACAUGUACCUAUGGUAUCGAAAAAAAAAAUCUAUAUAAGUAUAUAUUAUAUAUAUACAUAUAUAAAUCUAUAUGUAUAUAAAAAUAAUUCUAUUGAGAAGAGAGCGAGCGAGCGAGCGAGCGAGCGAGAGAGAGAGAGAGAGAGCGAGAGAGACGAGAGAAUGAGUCGAGGAGAGAGAAAAAAUCGUAGUAAAAAAUUUACAGGCGUCGAAUACUGUUAACCGCUCGAGUUUCCGAGUGUACCUUAAACGCUGUAUAUUCGAGAAAAAUCUUACGUAGGCCGUAUAUUUAAUGAUACACGUGUACGUAUAGCGUGUGAAUAUCUCCUGUACAUAACAAGUGCCCUGUGCAUGCUUGUAGCGCACGAAAUGCUGCGUGCAUGCGCGAAAUAUGUGUAUGAUCUUUUUUAGACUAUUACUACUACCAACUAUAGUAUCUACUACGUACCACACGUUAGUGUUCAUCGAUCGAUGUUAUUUCGCGCGCGAGCUUCGAGUAAGUUUCGAGCGGUCCGAGGUUGUAAAUAUUACCGACAAUUGAAACGACAGACAUGCAAAAAAAAGAAAAAAAAGAAAAAGAAGAAAAAAAAACAAUAAUCAACAAUCCUUAAACGCUGUACGUCGAACAAAAAAAAAACAAAACAAUAACAACAAACAGAGGAAAGAAACAGAAAGAAAAAAAAUCGCUAUCCAUCGUAGACAAUCGAUAAGAUUUCUUAUCGUUUUUUUUUUUUUUUUGCGAAGAAAAUGAAGAAAUGAUCACGAUCGUUCGAAAGUGUGGUUCGUGAUCGUUCGAAAGGGAAGAUUUGAAAAAAAAAAAAA